AUGAAGGAUUUGCGGCCAAUCUCAUUGUGCAAUGUGGUCUAUAAAGUUGUUUCUAAACUUCUUGCUAAUCGAUUGAAGAAGUGUUUAUCUAAGUGUAUUGGGGAGGAACAAUCUGCCUUUGUGGAGGGGAGAUCCAUCCUUGAUAAUGCCAUGAUUGCGUUUGAAGUUGUUCAUGCACUUAAGCAUCGGACUACGGGGAAUAAUGCUCAACUGGCCCUAAAGAUUGAUAUCAGUAAAGCUUAUGACUGUGUCGACUGGGGUUUUCUACGCGGUAUGUUAUAUCGUUUGGGUUUUGCGGAGAAUUGGGUUCGUUGGAUGAUGAUGUGUGUCACGUCAGUGAAUUAUUCGGUGCUUGUGAAUGCAGACAAUGUUGGUCCUAUUCAGCCAGGAAGAGGGUUAAGGCAAGGGGAUCCCCUUUCCCCUUACCUUUUUAUUCUUAUCACGGAAGGUUUAUCGGCACUUAUUAGAGGAGUUGUCGCUCGUGGGGAUAUCCAUGGGGUUCAGAUUUGCAGAGGAGCACCUAGUGUGUCUCAUCUGCUUUUUACUGACGAUUGUUUUCUGUUUUGCAGGGCUAAUAUCACUGAAGUUCAUAAUAUCAUGGAGAUCCUAAAUUUGUAUGUUGCUGCUUCCGGGCAGGAUAUAAAUCUCUUUAAAUUUGAGGUUUUCUUCAGCAGGAAUAUCAGUUUAUCUGCUCAGGAGGAUCUGGCCAACAUUAUGGGGGUUCGUCAUGUUCUUGGCACGUGCACCUAUCUGGGGCUGCCGUCUCUUAUAGGCCGUAGUAAGAAGGCUGCGUUUGGUUAUGUGAAGGAUCAAAUUUGGAAGAAGAUUAAUUCGUGGAGGGGGAGACCGAUCUCUAAAGCUGGAAAAGAAGUUAUGAUAAAAUCGGUUCUUCAAGCCAUCCCGUCUUACAUCAUGAGUCUUUUUAUUCUUCCUGAAGGAAUGGUGAGUGACAUUGAGAAAAUGCUAAAUUCUUUUUGGUGGGGUGGUGGUAGUAAUCAAAAUGGUAUCCGUUGGAUGAAGUGGGGGAAUUUGACGGGAUCAAAGGAGGAAGGAGGUAUAGGCUUUCGGGACCUUAGAACUUUUAAUCUUGCUAUGGUGGCAAAGAGAGGGUGGCAUCUCUUGUCUAAUCCGCAUUCUCUAGUCUCAAGAAUUUAUAAAGCUCGGUAUUUUCCUCAUUCGGCUUUCUUGGAUGCUCCUAUCGGGUCUAAUCCUAGUUUUGUGUGGAGGAGCAUUUGGCAAGCUAGGGAUCUAUUAACUCUUGGUUGUAGGUGGAGUAUUGGUGAUGGGAGGAACAUUCCAGUUAUGGGGGCACCGUGGAUCCGGGGGAGGAACGAAGGAAUGGUGGGAGGACCCCAGCAACAAAAUGUGUAUAAUAUGGCGGUAUCAGAUCUCAUGUUACCAACUGGUAAAUAUUGGAAUGGUCAGCUUAUCUUGAAUGCGUUUGAUGGUGGGACUGCGGAGGAUAUCCUCCGAACUCCGUUAGUGGAGGAUGUUGUGGAAGACAAAUGGAUUUGGAAAGCGGAGAAAGAUGGUUGUUACAGUGUGCGGUCGGAAUAUAGAUUAUGGAUAAAGGAGUAUGGUGCCCGAGGUUUCAAUCGUGUUGAAGGUGCCUGGACUAAUUUGUGGAACAUUAAGGCACCUCCUAGAGUUAAGCAUCUCAUUUGGAGAAUUUGUAGAGAUUGUCUCCCCACUAGAAGAAGGUUAAUUCAGUAUCACGUUCCUUGUCCGGCCACAUGUCCCUUUUGUCAUUAUCAAGUGGAGGACUCGUGGCAUGUCUUCUUCGGAUGUUCGGUUACUAAUCAGUGUUGGCAUACGACAGGUUUGUCUAAUAUUAUUGCUCCCCGUAUUAUUAAUUAUCAUGAUGAUGUCUUUUCUUUGAUUAUGGAUAUCUGUAGACGGGAGGAUAGUAUGCUGGCGGGGAGAUUUGCGGUUAUGAUUGAUAUUUUAUGGCGUAACCGCAAUAAUAUGAUUUGGAAUAAUGAGAGUGAGGAUUGUUCUAAGCUUGGUUUGCAUGCUUUUUGUAGUUGGCAAGAGUGGUUUGUAGCGCAGGAAAAUACUUCCCGGGAACAUGAGCAUUCACACUCGUUGAGUUGGAGCCCGCCUAUGGAGGGUAACCUAAAAUGCAAUGUUGACGCAGGCUUUAAUACUAGACGGGGAACUACGAAUAGGGGCUGGUGUUUCCGUAAUAAUAUGGGGGUUUUAUCUAUGGUGGGGCUGCUUGGGAUUUUGGUUCCUACCCUAUUUUGGAAGCGGAAGCUUUGGCCCUCAAAGAAGCUAUUCUUAGUGCUAUUGACUUGCAUCUGGUGA